GGUCGUACAAUCUCCCUCUACUUCCGUCACUGUGUAGUUUUAGUUCCUAGUGUUCCUUAUUUCCCAUCGUGCAUCGCGCUCCUCGUUACAAGCACUUCCGCCGCUGUGUUGUUGCUGUGUCAGUUGCCUGUCAGGCGGCUUUUCUCGCUAAUAUUUAGCUAUAGCAUUUCCUUUUUUUGCGGUCGGAUUGUAAGUAAUGGCUUCUCCAAGUAUGUACAAGCUACGCUGUUCCAUCCCGGGACAUGAGAUGGAUGUGAGGGGCCUCGCGGCGGCUGUUUUCCCUGCCGGAGCCUUUGUAUCGGUGUCCAGAGACCGGACGGGCAGAGUGUGGGUUCCUGACUCCAGUCCGAACAGGGGCUUUACGGAGAUGCACUGCUUGAACGGUCACACCAAUUUUGUCUCCUGCGUGUGCAUCAUUGCUCCCAAUGACACCUAUCCCCGGGGACUCAUCGCCACUGGCGGCAACGAUCACAUGAUCUGUGUAUUUUCACUGGACAGACCUGACCCACUCUUCACUCUCAAGGGACACAAAAACACAGUAUGUGCACUCUCUGCUGGUAGGUUCGGGACACUUUUAAGUGGUUCGUGGGACACGACUGCCAAAGUGUGGCUGAAUGACAAGUGCAUGAUGACCUUACAGGGUCACACAGCUGCAGUGUGGGCAGCAGUCAUCCUGCCUGAGCAAGGCCUUAUGUUGACAGGCUCAGCUGACAAAUCGAUCAAGCUGUGGAAGGCGGGCCGCUGCGAAAAGACAUUCCUUGGCCAUGAGGACUGCGUCCGCGCCCUGGCUGUCCUCAGUGAUGUCGAGUUCUUCUCCGGCAGUAACGACGCCAGUAUCCGAAGGUGGAUGGUCACUGGCGAGUGUGUUCAGGUCUAUUAUGGCCACACUAAUUACAUCUACAGCCUUGCAGUCUUCCCCAAUGGACAAGAUUUUGUGAGCACAGGGGAGGACCGGACACUACGCAUCUGGAGGCGUGGGGAGUGUGCUCAAACCAUUCGUCUUCCAACCCAGUCAGUGUGGUGCUGCUGUGUCCUCCCCAAUGGGGACAUAGUCGUGGGGGCCAGCGAUGGGAUCAUUCGGGUGUUCACUGAGUCAGAUGAGCGCAUGGCAAGUGCUGAAGACCUGCAAGCUUUCGAGGAGGAACUGUCGAGAGCCACCAUCGACCCCAAGACAGGAGACCUUGGUGACAUCAAGAUCGAGGAUCUCCCAGGAAAGGAACACCUGAAUGAGCCAGGUAGCCGUGAUGGACAGACACGGCUGAUUAAGGAUGGGAGCAAGGUGGAAGCCUACCAGUGGAGUGUGAACGAUGGCCGCUGGAUGAAGAUCGGGGAUGUGGUGGGGGGUUCCUCUCAACAGAGCUCCAGCAGAGUCAUGUAUGAGGGAAAGGAAUACGACUUUGUCUUCACCAUUGACGUCAAUGAAGGCGGACCCUCUCUGAAGCUACCCUACAACAUGACAGAUGACCCCUGGCUGGUGGCACACAACUUCCUGCAGAGGAACGACCUGAGCCCUAUGUUCCUGGACCAGGUGGCCAACUUCAUCAUAGAGAAUACCAAAGGCCACACCUUGGGUGCAGCCCAGCCUAGUGGUUCAGAUCCCUUUACUGGUUCAGGCCGCUACAUCCCAGGAACCUCCAACAGUAGGGCAGGGUUUGGGAGUGAUCCUUUUACUGGAUCUGGACGCUAUAUUCCUGGAACUGACCCUAGUCCAGUACCAUCUGCAGGUGUAGCGGAUCCCUUCACUGGUGGAGGUGCCUACUCUUCUGCUUCCCUCCAACAGUCCGUCACCAACAUUUACUUCCCCAAAAAGGACGCCGUCAUGUUUGAACAAGCCAACGCAACACAGAUCUUAGCUAAGCUGAAAGAGCUGAACGUCAGUGCACCACAGGACCAGCAGCUACCUGAGGAUAAGCUCUGUGAACUGGAGGCCCUGCUGCUCACCAUCUGUGACCUGCGGUCCAACCAGAAGCCUACAGCUGAGCAGAUAGACAUCUUGUGGAAGACCACCAGGUGGCCUGAAGAAAUAGUUUUCCCUGUGCUGGACAUACUCCGCCUAGCAGUGCGCCAUCCGGUGGUCAAUGAGCGCCUGUGUGGCGAAACAGAAGGCGUACAGUUUUGCAACCACAUUCUGAGCUUGAUGGAGCCUCAGGGCCGGCCAGCCAAUCAGAUGUUGGCCCUCAGGAUUCUGUGCAACUGCUUUGCAGGCCCUCAGGGGCGCCAGCUGCUGAUGGCUCAGCGGGAGGCGGUCAUGUCCCGUGCCGUUGAGCUCAGGGCCGUUUGCAACAAGAACAUUCACGUGGCCCUGGCCACGCUGGUGCUGAACUACGCCGCCAGUCUGCACAAUCUCCCCGACCUGGAGGGCAAGGCGCAGUGCCUGUCAGUGGCUAGCGCCGCCCUGGAGGUGGUGCAGGAUAAGGAGGCAGUUUUCCGUCUGUUGGUGGCUCUGGGGACAACGGUUUCGGACGACACCACCGCCAGGGACCUAGCCCAGUCGCUGGGGGUCGAGUCCCAGAUCACCAAGUACUGCUCUGUGUCGGACCCGGCCAAAGUGAGCGAGUGCUGCAGGCUGGUUAUAAAUGCGCUACACUGAUCUCCCCCGACCCCCUCCCCCCCACCUGUUUGUAUAUUUAACUAAAUGAAACUGAAAAUUUGAUGCAUG